AUGGUGUUAUUACAGAGAAACUUGAUUGUCCCAAGUUUUUAUCAUGGAAGGCUCAGUUUACGCCUUACUUACAGAUGGCUUUUUGCGUCCAAGAAUAAUCAGAUUACUACUUCUGAACCACAAGCUAAUGUCGCCUCCACAAGUCUUGAUCUUGAUGUUCCUCUUACAAGAGAUGGGAAACCAUCUAUCAUUUGCCAAAUAUGCGAAAAGCCGUAUCAUGAUGCUAGGGAUUGCCGCAAACGUUCUGAUACUAUCACUUACCCUCCUCGUGAUGAGCGUAAACGAGCCAAGGCCAUGUUUAAGAAGGUUCACUGCCCAAUCAUUUCCUUGGACUGUGAUCUUAAGAAGGUUAAUUUUGCGGGUUCUUGUAAUGGCUUGCUUUUCCUGUAUCGAGAAGAGACCCUGAAUUUCGAAAAGACCGAUGAGUUUUGGUUGUGGAACCCAUGUUUGUGGAAUCCAUCUACCCAAGAGUUCAAAUAUCUACAAAGACCUGGAUUUCCGGUGAGUGAGACGGCCUGCGUUUUACACAGAGGACAUGGGUUUGGUUAUGAUGCUGAGACUGAUGAUUACAAGUGUAUACGUAUUUUCAAUUAUUCAGGCGAUAGGCAUUCUCAAGUUCACAUCUAUUCGCUCAGAUCGAAUACAUGGAAAUUAACGCAUCUUCCAUAUUUACUGAGUGCUGACGACAGAUACUUUCGAGCACCAAAUGGGGUCUUUUGUAAUGGAACUCUACAUUGGUUCGUAAUUAAGGAAUACCUUUCCCCCCAAGUCUUAAUGGCUUUUAAUAUGACAGAUGAGGGAAUCAGAGAAAUUCCACAACCAGAGAGUGUGGAGGAAUUAGGAUACGUUAAAAAUGUUGAUGUCUUGGACGGGUAUCUUUGCAUUCUUUGUAGGAAUUCUGCUGCUUACGAAGUAUGGCUAAUGAAGGAUUAUGGAAUGAGAGAAUCGUGGACAAAAGCAUACAACAUUCCGAGACCGACAUUAGAACUUGGAGCCCAAAAAUUUGUGGACCUGAAGAAGAUCGAAUGUUUAAAAACUGGUGAGAUUCUACUUGAGGUUCAAUACAACAAUUUCCAGACGGCAGCCUUGGUGUUUUACGACCCAAAGAAUGAGACCGCUACGUAUUUGAAGCUGUAUGAAAACUUUGGGGAUUAUCCAAUCUUACGAUCAGCAUCGUAUAGGUAUGUGAAGAGCUUAGUCAAACUUAAAUCUGAUUAUUAUGUCGAGGAUAACGAGAGAAAGGAUGGCCAACAGAGUAUUAUCCAUAUAUACAAGGGAUUGAUGCAUUAG